UAUAACGUGUAUAGAUAAUAGGUUAAACAUGCAACCUAAGAUUAUCCUGUAUAUAAGGCAACGCCUUUGUAUGUUGAUCAAUAAGAAAUAUCUUCACAACUACUAAGGAUUCUCGACAGAAGCGUUUGCUGGCACAGAUUCCAGACUCCAUAAAGGAGGUCUCUGUCGCCGUUUCGCUACUUCCCUUCCUCUGCCACGCUACAAGCUCUUCCUCUCAAGUCGCCAUCGUUGGUUCCAACGUCUAUCCAAUCGAAAGCCUCGAUUACGAGUUUGAUAACUCCUAAUCAUUGCUUCCUCUUCCCUAAUUCCAUAUUCUGUUUACUUGGCCUUAGUUUUGUUUGAUUACUCGAUUUAGGAUCGCAGAGAAUGAUUUCUUGAAGCAGGAUUGGAGAGCUCGUAGUAAGACACAGAUUUUUCAGUACGUGUUUAUGAAAUCGCUACUUUGUUUUUUUAUCAGAAUUAUUGUUAAUCUAAUCGGAUUCGCCAACAAUCUCGCCCUCGUGAAUCCUGCUGGUGUAAAGUUCAUCAUUACUUCUAACAUGAUGUUGACCGGAAGGUUCAGUAUAGGAUUUAUCGUUUUCACUAUGACAAACAUGGUUCUUACUCUCUUUGCGUCGGUGAUUACCGCCUUUGUUGCGCCUGCUGCGGCAGAUUCCGGUAUACCGGAGGUUAAGGCCUAUUUGAACGGUGUAGAUGCACCAGAGAUAUUCUCAAUUCGUAUUAUGGUCGUUAAGGUAAAGCAGGCCAAUGGUGCACACCGGUGCUUGUGUUGCAUCCAUACUUGGUCAAGGUGGUUCCAACAUAUAUGGAUUGACCAGGAAAUGGCUCAGAUUUUUCAACAAUGACAGAGACAAAAAAGAUCUUGUAACUUGUGGCUCAGCUGCUGGUAUUGCUGCCUCCUUUCGUGCUCAGGUGGAGGAGUGCUUUAUUAUAGAGAAUCUUCUUUUCAACAGCUGUUGUUGAAGUUGUCUUCUGGGCUCUAAUCGAUAUGUACUUCCUGUUCUUCUCCUUGGAGUUGUUGGUGGUAUUUUAGGAAGUUUUUACAACUUUCUACUGUAGAAGGUCCUGCGAGCUUACAACCACAUAUAUGAGAAAGAGGUUGUUUGUAAAAUCAUUCUCACUUGCGUAAUAUCGAUUUUCACGUCCUGCCUUCUUUUUGGAUUACCAUUUCUUACGUCAUGCCAACCUUGCCCUGCUAGUGCCUUAAAGGAGUGCCCUACAACUUUAAGAAUUACCAAUGCCCACCUGGUCACUACAAUGAUCUAGCUAGCCUCAUUUUCAACAAAGAUGACGAUGCCAUCAAAAACCUUUCCAGCAAAAACACCGACCUCGAGUUCCAUUAUCUUUCGGCUCUUGUAUUUUUAUAUUUCGUUACAUGUUUCUUUCUCAGUAUCCUCAGCUAUGGCAUUGUUGCACCAGCAGGGCUCUUUGUACCCGUUAUCGUAACAGGAGCAUCCUAUGGACGGGUUUGUCAGGAUGCUUGGUUCAAACCCGUUAUUGUAACAGGAGCAUCCUUUGCUGGGCUCGGUGCUGCAUCAUUUCUUGGGGGAUCAAUGAUGAUGACAGUUUCCUUGUGUGUUAUUCUCCAUGAGCUAAAUAAUAAUCUGCUACUACUACCUAUGAUGAUGGUCGUCCUUCUGAUUUCUAAAACAGUUGCUGAUGCUUUCAAUGCCAACAUAUAUAACCUUAUCAUGAAGAUAAAAAAGUUGUCGUACCUCUACUUCAAUGCCAACAUACAUAACCUUAUCAUAAAGAUAAAAAGGUUGCCGUACCUUUGCAACCAUGUUGAGCCUUACCUUACAUGAGGCAGUUUACAGUAGGUAUUGUAGUCACAGGCCCGCUUCAAGUCUUCAAUGGCAUCGAGAAAAUCCCGACUAUUGUAUAUGUUCUCAAAUCCACCAAUCAUAACGCUUUCCCUGUGGUUGACGGGCCGCCAGUCGCUUCAGCUCGUGUCUAAUAUGCUUUAAUCCUCCGGGAUCAUAUUCUGACUUUGCUAAAGAAACGAGUAUUCUUGUCUAGUUCAAUGGCUUUUGACUCCAAUACCCUUGCCCAAUUCAAGACAGAUGAGUUUGCUAAGAAGGGUUCUGGAGGGGAGAUAGAAUAGGAGAUGUGGAAUUAAGCGAGGAAGAGUUGAAUAUGUAUCUGGAUUUACAUCCAUUCUCUGAUGCUUCUCCUUACACUGUUUUGGAGAUAAUGUCACUCACAAAAGCCCUUGUUCUCUUCCAUGAGGUUGGUCUAAGGCACUUAUUUGUCAUACCAAAAAUCUCCAAUAGACCUCCACUGGUGUGUAUAUUGACACAGCAUGACUUCAUGCCAGAACAUAUACUAGGCCUGCGUCCGUCCCUGUCCCGUGGCAGGUGGAAAAGGCUUCGGAUUCGGCUGCCUUUCCUCUCGUAAAGUAUUCAGCUGCCUGCACAGUCUCAGGUAUGACAGCUCAGACCAACUCUGUAUAAAUACUGAAUGCAGCCAUGUGGUGGCACAAAGCCGAUUAUUCUUUCACCUUUUACCAAAGAAUUAUUAAAAAUAUUUGUCGGGGAUCCAAGAUUUGCAAAUGCUUUGUAAUACGUUGUGUAUAAAAUCAACAUUAAAGUACCUCGAAGGGCUUUUUCUUUUAGUGAGGGAUACAAACAAGUAGAAGUUUCCAAUAAGGUUGUUCAAUCCGGAUUAACGAUCCCAUUCGAACCAAAUAACUGGCCCCAAAACCAAAAACUGGAUGUAUUGUUGAUCCGGAUUUUAAAUUUACGUGAAUUCAUUUUUCUA